CGUGUGCAGGCGGUGUCCCGCGUGCAAGAAGAGGGACGCUUGUAGACUGCGAGACGUGCGCAGGCUGCGGGGCGUGUGCAGGCGAUAUUCCACGUGCGCAGGCGGCGGGAGCGUGUGCAGGUGGUGCCCCACCCCCCCUCAACGGGCGGAGCUUUUGCGCUCGCCACCCCGCUCCUUCCCGCGCUAUAAAGGCAGCGCUCCACCGCUUCUCUCCAUCACACCUGCUCCUAGCACUUCAGUUCGGGCUAGUCACCGGUCUUCAGCCGCCGCCUCCACUCGCCAUGGACCCUAACUGCUCCUGUGCCACAGAUGGAUCCUGCUCCUGCUCCGGGUCUUGCAAAUGCAAAGAGUGUAAAUGCACCUCCUGCAAGAAAAGCUGCUGCUCCUGUUGCCCCGUGGGCUGUGCGAAGUGCUCCCAGGGAUGCAUCUGCAAGGAGGCUUCAGACAAGUGCAGCUGCUGCGCCUGAAGUGGAUCCCCUCAGCCGCGUGUAAAUAGAGCUAUGUGUAGAAACUUAAUUUUUUUUUUUACCACCCUGACCUAUUCUCCACACCUUUCUGUAAAGGAUGUAAUUGAUAAUAAAAAAGCGUUGACUUCAUUAA